AUGUACGACCUUAAGGAAAUGCAAAUAGAAAAUAAAACCAAACCCAUUAUCAGAAGUGACAAAACACGCCCACCUUCUUCAAGCCCUUCCAGUAUUAUUCGUCGUACUUCCUCUUUGGAUACACUCGCUGCUCCAUACCUUGCAGGGCACUGGCCUCGUGAUACUCAUGGACAGGCUGCACCUUGCAUGAAGGACAAAGCUACACAGACAGAAAGUGCAUGGGCUGAAGAAUAUGCUGAAAAGAAGAAAGGGUCUCACAAGCGCUCAGCAUCCUGGGGCAGUACAGACCAACUGAAGGAGAUUGCAAAAUUACGUCAGCAAUUGCAGAGAAGUAAACACAGCAGCCGGCAUCAUCGAGAUAAAGAAAGACAGUCUCCAUUCCAUGGCAACCAUGCAGCUAUUAACCAGUGUCAGGCUCCUGUUCCAAAGAGCACCCUUAUUCCAGUCAUUCCCAUCACCAAAUCAACAGGCUCUAGAUUUCGGAAUAGUGUGGAAGGACUGAAUCAGGAGAUUGAAAUAAUAAUUAAAGAGACUGGGGAAAAGGAAGAGCAACUUAUACCACAAGAUAUUCCAGAUGGCCACCGUGCCCCUCCGCCCCUUGUGCAGAGAAGCAGCAGCACACGCAGCAUCGACACACAGACACCGGGCGGGGCAGACAAGGGAAGCAACAACAGCAGCCGUUCUCAGUCUGUGUCCCCAACAUCGUUCCUCACCAUCUCCAACGAAGGUAGUGAGGAGAGCCCUUGUUCAGCUGAUGACCUGCUUGUUGAUCCUAGGGAUAAAGAAAAUGGAAAUAAUUCUCCUUUGCCCAAAUAUGCAACGUCACCAAAACCUAACAACAGUUAUAUGUUCAAAAGGGAGCCUCCUGAGGGCUGUGAAAGAGUCAAAGUCUUUGAGGAAUGUUCGCCAAAGCAACUUCAUGAAAUCCCAGCCUUUUACUGUCCUGACAAGAACAAGGUGAAUUUUAUUCCUAAAAGUGGCUCUGCUUUCUGCCUCGUCAGCAUCCUCAAGCCACUCCUUCCCACACCAGAUCUUACCCUCAAGGGCUCUGGCCACAGCCUGACAGUCACCACUGGCAUGACGACCACUCUGCUGCAGCCUAUUUCUGUGGCCUCCGUGUCUACAAACACAGAGCAAGACCGGGUCUCUCGAGGAACGAGUACAGUCCUGCCUUCAGCCUCUCUACACCCACCACCAGAACCAAUUGAGGAAGCUGAAGGGUAAGUCCCAGUGCUGUGUGGCCAUUGUUCUGGGAAACUGAGAACCUCCUUAGAUCACUUGAUUAUGACGGCAUCAUGUGCUCCCACUUGGCUGUGAUGUGCUCCAGCUUUCCACAGUGACUGUGCCAGUGAGGCUUCGAGAAGAAAGCAGCCCUCUGAUGGCUCUGCCCUGCUCAUAAGGGCCAACCUUCACUUCUUGAGCUGUUUUCUCUUAAAGCACGGAUUGGAACAAGAAAGGUCUCAUUCUUUACUUUUGGAGGGCUGAUAGCCCAUUGCUUUUGUUCUCAAAGUAGACAUCUUUUAAAAAAAACAACUGAUCCCUGCAACAUGAUUCCUGAAGGGAGACAUGAACGAUGCUGCAAGAACCAUCUUUUAUAUGAAAAUGACUAUUUUAUAAUACCAAUGUUACAUUUCUGAAACAUAGCAAACAGGAUGUUCAAAAGAUUCUUUGGUGGCCUCUGUUUCUUGUUUCCCUUUCUAGAUGUGUGCUUUUCUGAGCUGUUUGCAGCUUUGGGACCAAAGGGAUUAAUCGUUGACAUUUUCCCAACAAUCUUAAACUCAUGACUUAUGUUCUUCUCCCAAAUAAGAAUUAAUAGGUAAAUACGUUGAACAAAUAAUAUAAAAGAGAUAAAAAGCAAUAUUAGUACAUUAUGUGAUUUAUGUUUUUGAUGUCAGAAGUUUGUGCUUUGGGUAAAAUGUUUGUAAGAGAUGUUUUCUUCACUACUCCUGUACACAUUUCACCGUGUGGUCAGAAGAAAUUGCAGUUCAGAGAUAAGUGUGUGUAAUAUGUUCUCACCUGUCAUUGGAACAGUGAGCCAAAAGGAAACAACCCAGUGUUGAUCACUAGCUAGGAGUAAGGAGCCCUUGCGUAUUCUGCGAAAUGUGUAUCACAUGAUCUCCCUCUUCUACCACAAAAUAUCAUUCUACCUUUAGACCUCACUGUAUCAUAGCCCCAAGAGAUGCUAAAAUGGCUGUGCAUGGAUUCCCUCCUUUGCUUUUUUGGUGGUGGUGUCUUGUGGAUCCGGUCAGGCUUAGUAGUUUGCCAGGAGUGUAAUCCAUUGAAUAGCAAUCUGUAGCCACAGAAUCUCGUGACUGACAUUUUCUUUAUGUUAGCUGGCACUGAAACUCGUUGCCCCCAGAUUUUGAUAGCUCCCCCCUCCCCCACAGCAUUCCACAUAGUGGGGAAACAGACAAGAAAAGCUUUGAAGCAUAAACAAAAGGCACCUCUGAAAAAUUCAUACAAUUUUGGGUUUGGGUUCAUCCUAAUGCAUCGCUGCCAAUAUCCCAUGAUAAACAUGGUAUUUCGUUUCUGGGUAUGUGACAUUAGGGAGCAGCUUUUAAAAAAAUGAGUUUCAGCCAACAAUGUUGAUAAAAAGCAUCCUUCUGAGAUAGUCAGAUACUACCUUAUGAUGCAAUAAUUUAAUUUUACUAUACAUACCCUAGGCAGGAUAAAAUAUUUCUUUAAAAAAGGAAUACUUUGAUAGUCAACACAUCAGUUUGUCCCAGCAAAGCUCAUUGAGGAAAACCUACUGGGAGCAAUAAGCCUUCUCAAAGGACUGCCUUAUAUAGUCACACACCUUUGAAACAUCUAUGAAAAAUGUUCCCUUUAAGUUUAAAAUAGUGAUAGCUUUAGGUAAGUCAGAUAAAUGCAAAUGUUUGAAUAAAUCUGUCGGCUUUUAGUUUGUAAGGACUGGCAAAUUUUGCUCUUUUCCAUCCAGAACUAAUUUACUUAGGACUUUACAUUAUGGGCUCUAAAAAACAGUAAAGCCAGUUAUCAGAGUCUGACUUUUUUGUUUGGCAGGUGUUUUGAGAGCUUCGUUUAUUUACCUGCUCUGUUAUUGUGCUGUCUCCCAUGGAGCAUCUGCUCUAAAAGGUAACACUGAAGCCUGGGGAGUUGGUAUGAAUAAUGCAGGAGGAAGUUAAAAACAAAGUUUUUUUUAAAAAGCCAAAUCAUCAGUUUUAGGAUGACCUGAAUUCUCUUAAACUCGUGCUCUUUUUCUUGCCGUACACUUUGCCUCUAUCUCCAUCCCUGUAGGUCACAAUGGUGUUUUACAACCAGAAUGCCACUUUGUAAAGACUUGUGCCAUUCACUAGUGGAGCACGUUUGUCUAAUUCAUACCCUUCUGUGGAGUUCUGUAUAUCCUUCAUCUAAAGUAACUUAAAGUUAGAAUGGGAGAACAAGUUUAAGAUUCAUUGUGAAUAGUCUUAAAAAUAGAACUUGUACUUAGAAUUUUGGGUUCUAAAGAGAAUGUAAAUUUGCAAGUAAAUGAAUUAUAUGACCACCAAAUGGAUCCCUCCGCUUUGGGAGCAUUAGAGCCUGACAUUUGAAAAAGAAAGGUACAAGGUACGAACCACCCUAACUGCCAGUGCCAAAGGGCUAAUUUUUAAACAUAUAAGCUUUAUUGCAGUCUGAAAAAUAUUUGACUGUAGUUCCAUUCAGUUUUUUUGUUUAACCCUUAGUUCACAGCUAUCCGUUCUCAGAAUUCAUAAUACUGUGUUCUACAGUUACAUCCCAUAAUUAUUGUGUUACUUUGUAGAAGACUGUAUAGAAGGAAAAAUAGAAUAGCUUCAAUAGGAAUAUAAUUUAAAUUUUUCAGAAAUUUAGUUCCAUUGCAGUAAAAGAGAUGGGUGGCAUGAAUCUUUCAGCAAAAGAAGCUAUUCUCUGGUUAUUAUUCACUUUGUCAAUCUUCGUUUUUUCUACCUUAAGACAAUUUCUUCUUGUAAUGAUAAAACUUAUAUAAACACUGUUUCUGAUCAUGACUAUUUCUUACUUGUAUGGCUUUUGUGAACAAUUAUGUUUUUUUUAAAUGCCCAUUUUACUCCUCUAGUUAAUAUGGUGAGAAUGAAUGACCAAAAUUAUUUUGGACCUCGAUUAAUUUUGUUUAUAUUUUAUACUUAUGACCGCAACUCAAGUCAGCCUUUUAGAAGGUGCUAUUGCUAACUGUGGAAUAACUAGCACUUGAAAGGACUUUAAAAAAAAGUUUGUUUUUAAUGGCUGGCUUUUACUGGAACAAGGUAUAUGAGAAUGACAGAAUUUAUAACCUUCUGCAUAGCCAAGAUUAAGGCUAGGUUGUCAAGAUUUUAUUUAUUUUGUUUAAGCAAAUAAAUUUGCCACUACUGUAUUUACUUUCCUAUUCUUGAGAUUCAUUCCUUUGUGCUUGGAAUUUUGAUGUCUCAAAACCAGACCAAUGAAAGUGCUGGACUUGCAAAAUAAAGCUAAGAAUAUUUAACACCGCACUUUAAAGUUUAAGUUUUAUUCUGCCUAAAUUAAUGAACAGACCAGUCCUGAACAAUAAUUUGUCAAUACAAUCAUAUUGGAUAUAAUUUGUUUUUGUUUUUUAAAAAACUACACCUUUCAUCUUUGUUGAAGCUGUCUUUUUUUAAAGCAAUUUUUUAAAAAUUUGUUUUUCUAACAAAAUCCCACCCACCCAAACAGCAUUUCCAGUGGUGAUAAAUAUUGUUGCUAUGUACUUAUGUAUUCCUGUACCUGGACACUUGUUGCUGCCUCACAAGAAAAUAGAACUUUUAUCUUAAAAAUAAAAUGUCUGUUCUUGA